AGUUCCCUCUCCUGGUAUAUCUGGCAUUUGAAGCAAGAUGGCUCUCAGUAUAAAUAUAAGAUCGGCUAUUUCCACAUCAGCGCCGAUUAAUUGCCGGGCUGAUGGGGUUUCGCCGUGUUUGCUUGCUGCAAGCCUCAUCUACUCGCAGUGGGACGUUGGUUAGGCCCGUUCAGGGCACGCGGACGUGACGGUGCAUCCUGAAACGGUGCAUCCCGAAGUGGACAACGAAGGCGAACGGCAGGUCUCCAUUUGCACGAGGCAGGCACGCGUUUUGUCCGGAACCGAGGCACCGCUCGAUUCCGGGCCCUUGCGGCAGUGCUCUGUUGUGGUGACCCUUGCAACGAUGGUGGCGUGAAGUGCUUUCGUGCGCGACGAUUGCUUUUUGACAUACGGCCGAGCGUCCACAACGAGGUCGAAGUCGUCCGAACAAGUGGAAACCACCUUAAGAACACGUGAACCGCAUCGGGAUAAGUUCAGCAGUGGGCGACUUAACGCCGACGAACGUGCGCCAGAGUUGUGCGCAUGCUUCGACACUGUCGUCUCCAUUCUGCAUCGGUGUUCAACAGGCAGCAUGACGAGCAGCAGGCUGGACCGUCUGUUUCUGCUUCUGGACACUGGCUCCUCACCUGUGACACGGCGAGCGGCUGCAGUCCAGCUGGGCGAGGUGCAGAAGCUGCAUCCACACGAACUGCACAACCUCCUGGCCAAGGUGCGAAGAUACCUGCACAGCUCAUCAUGGGACACGCGCAUAGCAGCCAGCCAAGCUGUGGAGGCCAUCAUAUCCCAUGUGCCUCAGUGGGAUCCCCCAGGAUUGCCCAAGGUGGAACAAGCAGACGAUGAGCCGGCCAAGCCAGGAGCAGCAAAUACCAGGUCUGCAUCGCACUGGAUGCGCUUUGAGAAUUUUGACCUCCACCAAGUAUUGAAGCACGGUGGCGACCUCCUCGCAUCUGAGGGUUCAGAGUUUGACCUUGACGAUGACCUACUAGGUGGCUCACAGUCCAAGGAAGUGCUGCUGCAGCAGCGGCGGCUGCUUAAUCGGCGUUUGGGCCUCGAGAUGGCCGAGCGUAUUGGUCUGGACACCUCCGAUCUCUUCUCUGCCGAGGAUCUCAGCCUCAACUGCAGCAGUGGAAGAGCAGAGCUGCAGACUGGGGACGAUGCCACAUGGGACUGUGCCUCAACCAGAUGCCAAGCUGGAGUGCAACACUACAUCGGGGACGCAAAUCCAGCGCAGCAUGCCGACGGUCAAAAUCUUGACACUGGUGACGUCGUUGGGCAGUGUCGCGCCUGUGGAAAAGUCGGCAGUGUGAGGGGAUCCUGGAAGAAACGUGGCUGUUGGGACCGGAAAUAUGACCUGAGCCUCAACACACUCCUGAUCAGCAGCCUGGUCAGCACGGCAGUCAAUGUGGAAGGGAUAGUGCGAAGCGCUACUUGGACGUACAGCUCUGCCUUGUCGACAGCUGGAGCCAUUGGCAACUGGGCGACCGGUUCCCGUGAGGGUGCAUCUGCGGUAACUAACUAUUUCCCAGGCUUGACGUCGAACUGGAGUGAUGCCAUUGGCACCGCUGCUGCCGCCAAGGAAUCGUACACUGGACACGCCGAAACUGCACUUGGCCUUAGAGGGCGCGGCGUUGAGGGUGACCUCUGCUUGUUGGGGGCGACCGAGAACUGCUUGGAGGCGUUGGUCGUGCUCUUCUGCGGUGCGGCCAAACACAAGGAUGUCGUCCAUGAGGUUAACUACACCGCCCAACCUUUUCAGCAGGCGCGACACCUGACGCUGGAAGUAUUCUGGGGCCGAUAUAAUGCCGAAUUGGUUAAAGACCGCUUUAGCAGCUGGGCAGUCGGACCGUCGGAAUGUCAUUUGGAAUGUGGCACAGCUGUUGGCCAUGCGUCCACACCCUUACUGCCUUGUCCUUCGGCAGGCUUGUUCCGUGGCCUCAAGCGGCGUGCAAGCAAGGAUGGACCCAGCUUGUCCAAGAGGCUCUGCACAGCAGGGCCCAUUGUUGUUAGCACCAAAGAAGACACACCAUCUGAUUGUGUAGUAGGCGACAACCUCUGGGAAGAAGAGCACUCUUCGGAUGAAUGGCCCCUGGAGGCCUUUGUGGUGGCUCUCUGCCAGGACCUGUUCAGUGCUGCCUGGGAAGUGAGGCAUGGUGCAGCUACAGCUCUUCGUGAGGUCAUCCGGCUGCAUGGCCGAGGAGGUGGACGCUGCUCCAGCACACCUGCAGGACAGAUGGAAGCAGCCAACCAGUUGUUUCUGGAAGACCUGUCUCUGCGGCUGCUGUGUGUCCUUGCAUUGGACAAGUUUGGGGACUUCGUUUCCGACCAGGUAGUGGCGCCUGUGCGCGAGACCUGUGCCCAGACCCUGGGCCAUGUUCUCAACUUGAUGACGAGUGACAAGCUGGGCUCCGGCAUAGAUGGUGCAGAACACUCCUCUGCUGUACGGGCAGGCAUCUGUGGUGUGUUGCGGGUGCUGCUGCAGCUGCUUCAGCGGCCCGAAUGGGAGGCUCGUCAUGGUGGCCUACUGGGCAUCAAGUACUUGCUGGCCGUACGCAAGGACCUGACGUCUGUGCUGAUCCCGGUCGUGUUUGAGCCCGUGUUUCAGGGGCUUCAAGACCAAAAUGAUGAUGUGAGCGCUGUGGCAGCCGCAGCAUUGGUGCCAGUCACUGAGGACUUUGUCAAGAUCCUGCCUCACCAGGUUCCCCGAGUGGUGGAAACGCUGUGGGAUGCACUGCUUGAGCUGGACGACCUGACCUCCUCGACGAGCAGCAUUCUCAUGCUUCUGGCCGCACUUCUGUCGCACUCCACCUCAGUUCAGCCGACUCAAAGGUCUGAUGGCUGCUUGCGUGACUGUGAGCAGGGGGUGGUGCAAAGUCCUGGUAAAACCACGUGCACAGACAGUGGCUGCAGUGUUGCCAGCGCACCAUUAGCCCGGUGGGUGCCUCGACUGUGGCCCUUUCUGGGCCACAAUGCAAUUGCCGUGCGACUGUCCGUGCUGCGUUCGCUCCUCAUUCUCUGCUCGGACAAGGGGGCACCACUGCCACUUAGCGAAUGGGUACCACCCCUCUUGCCGUGCAUGUUGCGCCUGCUGUACCAGCGUUGCCUGCUGGAGACUUCACAGGAAGUCCUUGAUCUCAUCUACCAGGUAUGGGAAAAAGUGGUGCAUGGUGCCCCCCUGGGCCCUCUGCUGACUGCUACCUGCCCUUACCUCAGCUCCUGGCUGUGCUUGCUCAUGCACCCGACUCACCUGCAGGUUGAUGUUGUGACGCUGCAGUGGUUGGUUCUUCCGCCAAAUCUCAAGCCGGACAAGCGGAUGCGACGUCCCGGCAGUAUUGGAGGCCUUGGGCCAUCACAGUGCUCGGCUGAGGGCGGCCCCUGUGUGCUGGGUGGGGGGGAAGUGUACCUGGCGGGUGCAGAAUCGUUGAAUGAGAGCCCCGCAGAACGAGAGCGCCUGGUCCUGCAAUGCCGCUGCAUGGCUGCCAAGCUGCUUGGCCUGCUGUCUGGUUUUGUGACACGCCCGAUGCCCGGACUGGAGGUACAUCCGGUGGAGAGUCCAGUGGAGAGCUUUGCUCGUCUUCUGCUCUUUCACCUGGCUUCCAAGAGUGCCCUGCAGCGCAUGAUGACCGCUGCAGUCAUGGCACACUGGGUCAGCCUACACCCGGACCAUCUGUGCCCACCAUCGGUGCGUGAACGAGUGCUGGAGUGCCUCGGAGAGACGCUCUACUUUGACGAGAUGGCCAGCAGCUUCACUCGCCUGCAGCAGGAUGCGCGGGACUUCAUUGCGCUCCUGCGACACUUCCAGAUGCCUCUCGGUCCAGAAUUUCCGGCAAAUGUCGUGCUGACAGUGGACCAAGUCAUAGAGCUAGUCACCACAGUGUUCCAGGGAUUGGUGCAGGAGGUUCGUGUCAAGCCGAAGGUGCUGGAGAGCCUGGAGGAAAAGCGCAGGUCCCUGCUGCGUGCUGCUCAGCAGAUGCAGAAGGACCAGGUAUCAUUAACCACCAGGGUGCACUCUUUGCUGUCCACUUUCCUUGUUCGCCUGGACCAGCUCCCGGAAAAGCUCAACCCUGUCAUUCGUCCUCUGAUGGAGUCGAUCCGUCGGGAGGAGAGCGUCCUCCUACAGGAGGAGUCCGCAGACAGCCUGGUGCAUCUGAUGGGCAGCUGUGUGACUCGUAACCCAUGCCCAAAUGGCAAGAUUGUGCGCAACCUGCUCACGUACCUGUGUUCAGACUCAACCGUGGCAACACCUGCAACGGCACCAGGCAACCCGCCAACGGCAGCCAUUCUUACCCUGAUCAACAUGCAGAAGUCUGCUGAACGGGCACCAGUGCGGCGCUCAAGUUCGGUGUCAGGUGGUCGCAAGGGAUCCCUGCAGGCUUCCCAGUCGGUUGAGAGCGUCGAUGACUCCAAUGGUGCUGAUGAUGAGAAUGUCCAGCGGCAGAACGAGGUCCAGCGAAAAGGAGCUGCCCAGGUUUUGUCGGUGGCGACCGAGCACUUCGGGGCAUCCCUGCCCAACCGGCUGCCCAGCCUCUGGGAGGCCACUAUGGAGCCACUGCUCCGGAGGGCCAACAUGGUCUUUUCAGGUGGUGGCACGCAUAAUGGUGAAGCGGUGGCUGAAGAACAGGAGCUGACAACAAGUCUGCAAGCCUUGGAAGUCAUCGGACCACACCUACAUGCAGGGCUUUACUCCAAGCUGGAAGCCACACUGCCACCGCUGUGUGCUGCCCUGGACCAUGCUUCUCCAGUGGUGCGUCACCAGGCGUCCCGCUGCUUUGGCAUGAUGGCCCGCAUCCGGACAGUGCCAACCAUGGCAGUCAUUGUGGACAAAGUCUUGGCCAAACUGGGGGCUUCAGAUGAUGACAUUCAGCGGCGGGGAGCUAUCGAAGCCAUUGCUUGUGUCAUUGAGGGGCUCUCCCUGGGCAUCGUGCCGUACCUGGUGUUCUUGGUGGUGCCUGUUCUGGGCCGCAUGAGUGACCAGGAUGAAGCUGUCCGGCUUAUGGCCACCCACUGCUUUGCUGCCCUGGUUCGCCUGAUGCCCCUUGACAGUGGUGCCAUUGACGAGGCCGGAGGACCCCUGUCGGCCGACCUGCGUGAGCGCCGAGCGAGUGAGCGCCAUUUCUUGGAGCAGCUGAUGAAUGCACGGCAUGCAGACAACUAUGAACUGAGUGUGCCCAUCAAUGCACAGUUGCGCUCUUACCAACAGGAGGGUGUGAACUGGUUGGCAUUCCUGAAUAAGUACAGCCUGCACGGCAUCUUAUGCGAUGACAUGGGUCUGGGCAAGACGCUCCAGUCCAUCUGCAUUCUGGCCUCAGACCACCACAAAAGAGAGCAGCUGUACAAGGAAACGCAGCGUGCAGAUGCCAAGCCUCUUCCCUCAUUGGUCGUGUGCCCGCCUACGUUAACAGGUCACUGGGUGUACGAGGUGGAGAAGUUUGUCUCAAGCCAGUACCUGCAACCACUGCACUACACGGGACCCCCAAUGGAGCGUGCCAGGCUGCAGGAGAAAGCACACAAGCACAACCUGGUGGUGGCCUCAUACGACAUUGUGCGCAACGACAUUGAUUUUUUUGCUACCAUCAGGUGGAACUACUGCAUUCUUGACGAGGGGCACAUCAUCAAGAAUGGACGAACCAAGUUGGCACGUGCCCUGAAGCAGCUGCAGGCCAACCACCGGCUCAUUCUGACCGGCACACCCAUCCAGAACCAAGUGCUUGACCUGUGGUCCCUGUUCGACUUCCUCAUGCCGGGAUUCCUGGGCACGGAGCGGCAGUUCGCGCAACGCUUUAGCCGCCCUAUCCUACAGUCGCGUGACGCCAAGUCUUCCUCAAGAGAGCAGGAGGCUGGAGUGCUGGCCAUGGAAAGCUUGCAUCGGCAAGUCCUUCCAUUCUUGCUGCGUAGAGUCAAGGAUGAUGUCCUGCAGGAUCUGCCCCCAAAAAUAAUCCAGGACUACUACUGUGAGCUGAGCCCACUACAGGUGCAACUGUACGAGGACUUUGCCAGAAGCCGUGCAAAGAAGUCGGUGGAUGAGUCUGUCGCAGGGGCUUCUGAGGACCAGUCAGUCAACUCGCAUGCCACUGCUCAUGUGUUCCAGGCCCUGCAGUACCUGCGCAAGGUGUGCAACCACCCAAAGCUGGUUCUGAACCCACAGCACCCCGAGUACCAUCGCAUCAUGGCUGGCCUCCAGCAGUCGGAAUCCUCCCUUUCAGACAUCAACCAUGCUGCCAAGCUACGCUCACUCAGGCAACUGCUGCUGGAUUGUGGCAUUGGCACGGCUGCCCAGCCUGAGCAGGAGAGUGUGGUGCACGCCCACAGAGCCCUCAUCUUCUGCCAGUUGAAGGGCAUGCUGGACAUUGUUGAGAAGGACCUCCUCAUGACCCACAUGAGCAGUGUCAGCUACCUUCGCCUAGAUGGCAGCGUGCCGCCAGGCCAGCGACAGGCCCUGGUCCAGCGUUUCAAUGCCGACCCUUCCAUUGAUGUGCUGCUGCUCACCACCCAGGUCGGUGGUCUGGGACUCAACCUGACCGGUGCCGACACGGUCAUCUUCGUUGAGCAUGACUGGAACCCCAUGAAGGACCUACAGGCCAUGGAUCGUGCCCAUCGCAUUGGUCAAAAGAAAGUGGUGAAUGUCUACAGGCUGAUCACCAGGGGCACCCUUGAAGAGAAGAUUAUGGGGCUGCAGAAGUUCAAGCUGACUAUUGCCAACACUGUGAUCACACAUGAGAACAGCAACCUGAGCACUAUGGGCACCGACCAGCUGCUUGACCUGUUCACACUAGACAGCUCCAAGGGGGAUAGAGCGCCAGACCCCACACAGCAUGCCGGUCCAUCACGUGCUGGCAUGAAGGGGGUGCUGGAAAGCCUGCCGGAGCUGUGGGACUCCUCCAAGUAUGACUCCGAGUACGACCUCGGAAACUUCCUCAGCACAUUGAGGCCAAAGUGAUGGAAGGCACUGGUGUUGCAUGCAUAGUGGUUGCAAAAGACAGCUGUGUAUUGAGGGAGCAGACACAUUUGUGCACAGCUGUGGCUCACCCACUUACUGUGUGUACAGUCACUGCAUGACAAAUCUGCAGUGCAUCAAGCGACAACACACAGUAUGCAUAGCUUUUACGGCUGUGGUAAAAAGGACACAAAAAGUGGUCUUUUGGUGUAAAGAGAGUUUCAGUUUGACUGUCUACUGUGAACUGUAUUAGCAUCUUGAACUGGGCUGUUUGGUACAUACUGAUUUUGAAUGAAGAAACAGUGCUAGAACAGGACAAGGACAAGAGGCCAUGUUUGUGUCCUCUCGUCGUGUUUGUGCCGUGUUUGUGUCCUCUCGUCUUCUUCUUGUUCUAGUGCUUUUUCUUCAUUUAAAAGUCUAGUGUGACUUCACAGUGGCAGGAUAUAUAACUCUGCAAUAGUAUAAGUUGGACUUUCAUGCCUUCGUUGUAAAAUUGUGAUGCAGGGCUAGGUAGGUAGCAAGGCAUUGAACUAUGAUGAUGGUCAUUGGAUAGCAUGUGUUUGGUGAUGCCUUGGAGUUUCUUCUAAGCAAUGUUAUGUGAGUGAGUGAAGAGAUUUUAACACCUUUUCAUGUCUUUCUUUUGCUGCUAAUAUUAAAGCAAAUAUUUUACUGGCAAUGUUGGUGCUUUCAAUGACCAUUGUCUGGCAAUAAACAAGUGAACAUGCAGAGUCAAUGCAAGCGGACAUAGUAUCUUCGCUUCUGGACUGGUCAUCAAACUGUCACAUUGCAUUCUGGAGAAAAAGUUUAAUGCUGGCUUCCUUCUUUAAGAUUGCAGUCACUUUUUUCGAUAAUCUGGGGAGGCAUUGAUAAUGUGUGUCUUUACUUAUUGCUGCCAAAAUAAUGAUACCUACAUUAAAUGAUACCCACCUAAAGCUGUCUUUAUGGCUAUCAUAAUGUGCAUCUAUUGUGCUAUAUAGAUCAGUGCAGACUAUUGUCUUAAUUGUGCAAAGAUGCUAGCAGUGCCAAGCGUCAUGUUUAUGUCAAGAAAACCCUGAUGAGCACUUUCAUAUUUCUUAUCAGAUUAUGUGUGGGUACCAGGUUGGUUAUCAACUGUCUUUGUGACAUCAUGUAACACUGGGGCCAGUUGGCUUGCAACUUUCUGUAGCUGACUAGAAUAGUUCUUUCGCUCAGCAAUAGUUUAUCAAGGUUACAUCGAGGAAAGUUUUCAUAGUUGCUCGUAUCUUUGUAUUUCCAUAGUGAUGCUCCUUUGUGCUGCAUUUCAUGGCACAACAUUAUUGAUGCUGCUUCUUGUGGUGCCAGAUUUACUGCAGAGGAGCUUUUGCCUAAACAUGGAAGCCUUAUUGCAUUGAAGUUUAAACGUUGUAGGUGUGCAUGGCUAGUUGGUAAUUGAUAUGUUUGGAUCGCUUGUUGUGAGAAGCAUUUGAUGGGCUUUAACCACAAGGUCAGGUCUGAAUGUCUGUUGCAAGGUUAGAUAUCAGGAGAUCUUUGUAUGAAUACUGAAUAACUGAGGUUCUCAUAAUGGAAGGUGCAGGUAACACUGCAAGUAGUCUUCUUCUCAUAUGAAACUAAAUGUUUCCUUUUUAAGAUUACUAUAAAUCCAUGACAAGGUGAGAGAUAAGAGUUCAAAGCUUAAUAGUUUUCAUUGUAAAUCUUCAUUGUCUAACAAAGUCACCUUGUAAUAAAACCUGUUCCAAAAGUGUUUGCCCAUGCAUGUUAGUAGUAUAAGCUUUGUAAUGUAUCGCUUAGGUUAUCUAUUUAUAUCAACAUGGUUUUUCUUCUUGUUGAGGAUUGUGUUGGUUUCAUUGUUUUCAAUAUAGCUUCUUGUAAUGAGCAUAAAGUGCUGUGUUGCAUUAAAGAGCUCAUUGUAAGCUUUAAAUACAUGCCAAGAAGAGGCUUCCAUCUUCACCAGCUGAGGUCGUUUCAUCAACAAAUGACUCAAAUGGAAGAUGUUUUCCAAGCUUACAUGCAUUUCCCUCUGGCUGUUGUUUGUUCUCUCACCAGCACAUUUGUUAGCAUGCGUUUGCUGUCAUUGCCAAAUGGUUGGCAGGGAGUUCAGCCGGCUGUGUAUACUCAUUUUCAUGUGGUGUUAUCGUUUGUGACUGUCAAGUCUUUUCACGUGCCACGCUAAAUACCCAUACUGUGUUCUUGUGCACGCAAACUGCACCUGUGCCGCAUCUGCAUGUGGCACUUGCCGUCCUUAGUGUGCUUUUUUUUUUUUAAUAAAAUUGGUCACACUUUAGAAACAAUCUGCUUGAUCUGGUGUAUGCCACUUAGUAAUAUGUAUGUGUAAGACUUCAUUGUCAUCUCAGCUUCAUGUUGUCCCAGUGUUGGUGCUUGUUCUUUAGGAAGAUGUGGUACAUGGCAUAGCCAAUUAUAAUGUAAGUAUGCAUGGUGAGCAAGCUCCUCACUAGUACAUGCCCUUACAAGUUCAUGGAUACACUUCUGAUUAUGUUCAUUUUACUGUGACUGCUGUCCCUCUCUGGUGUAAAUAAAGUGUCAUUUGCUUCAA